AUGCUUGGGAACGUGACACCUCUGAGGUGCUCAGAGUAUGACCCAAGUGCAGUGCAAGGAGGCCUGGCUCUUGGCAAUGCUGCCGGGAUAAAUCAUGCCAGGGUAGGGGGAGUUCACUUUGGCUCUGGGAUUUUGUUAAAGUUGAUCACCACCUCCUUUUGCAGCUUAGAAGUGCAGCCGGCUAGGGAGGCUCCCGGGCGAGUGGAGUGGGCACAGACCUGCGGCUGGGCAUCCCUGCCGGGCUCUCGCCUCCCGCGUCCUCACGCACCAGUCUCAGUAUCACCCAGCAGUCUUGGGGCCCCGCAGUCCCCUGGGAAGGAAGGGGCGCAGGCGGGGGAGGGGGACCAGGAAGGGCCCAGGCCCAGGCGGCCUGGAGAUGCUCGAGUUUCCAACACGCGGGAAGCCCAAGAACUCCACCGCCCAGCGCGGGUGCGCAGGGCCCGGCGGCCCGAAACUCCACAAAGCCGCCGGCCGCCUCCCGCCCUGCCCCCGCUCCCCAGUCCCAGUCGCCCGGACCUCGCUCGAAAGGCGGCAGAUGGGAAGUUCCCGGGAGCCAGCGCAGCCGCGCUCCACACGCGGCAGCAGGCGUCCUUGGGGAAGCCUUGCGCGCAGGGUGCCUGCCCCGCAGGUGGGUCCCAGGCUCCCGGGGCGCCACAGGCUGUGAAGAUCGGGCGGGUCACCGAGCCAGGGCCCGUCUUCACUCUGUCCCCAACCCCAGGGCCCCCGGGGCGGCAAGGAGGAUCGUGCGUUUUGCUGAAUGGUCGCCACGAGGAAAACAACUUGUGGGACCCGCAGCAGCUGCCACCGCCGGGCCGCCGGGCCGCCGGGCCGCCGGGCCGCGCGGGGACCCAGCCGCCCCGCCGCGACCGCCCCAGCCCGCUCUCGCGCGCCGCCCUGCCGCCCCCGCCCCCGCCGCCGCCCCCAGCCCCGGGGAUCUGCCGGCUGGAGAGGCCCGGCUGCCCUGGGCCCCUACCCGCCCCAGCUCUCGGAGCUCGGGGUUUCACCGCAGGCAGGCCCUGCACCUGA